AUGUCUAACACAACAGACAGAACACCUCUGCUCCCAUACUCAGCGCACGCAGAGAGCCACCACAGCCAAUCCUCGUCGGAUAGUCACCCGAUCUAUCUUCGAGCAUGUCACUCAUCAUGGCGCGCUAUCGACCAGAGAUUUCUCUUACUUCUUCGUUUCGUCUUCACCAGUUACCUCUCUGCUGUGUUUGGCGUUGCGCUCAAAUACAAGCUCGAGACUGAAGAUGAACAUACCCGUUGGCGUAUCCCAUUCCAAUUCUCGAGCGUUGCCUUCUUGACACAGUGGGCAUGGCAUAUGCAGACAACCCUCUGGACGGCGAUGCAUCUUGCCUUUCCGAAAGCAAUUGAGGUUGAUCCACGAGAAUGUCACGGACACAAAGCUAGGGCAUACACCCUUCGCUUUCUAUCGCCGCCAAACCGAGCGAAUUGUUCUAUUCGUCGAUACCUCUUCAGCAUGUUUUACACAACUGCCCACGUAUUCCCCUUUAUGAACACAUUGUUGUAUUGGGGUGUUCUUGUUCCCACUGGGCAUGGGGGUUUCAAGGCACCAAAGUUUCCUCAUCGUCACGAAACGGCUCUACCGAACGGCAAUGUGACCAUCGCAUACGACCCGAGUAAGGGGUUGUUUGACGAGGAUACGAUCAAGUCAUUCAGCCUUAUCAAUAUGUCGACCAUCACGUCGGUCAUCGCGCUUAUUGAGAUUGGCUUCCUCAAUAGCAUCCGUCGACAAACACCGGUUACAGCUCACGCAGUUGGCGUCAUGUUUGCCAGUGGCGCAUACCUUGCCUGGGCGGGACUUGGCAAAAUUGCUACCGGUCACUCCGGGAUCUUUUUUCUUGACCCUGAGCUCAUGAAGGACGCACCGGAGUCCAUCAUCGCGGCGUGUAUCGCUUUUGUUGCUAUGACCCCUGGAGUUUUGACGUAUAUGUACGGGUUGGUAGCGAUGCGCGAGACACUUACUGCAGCGCAUCAUGAUUCGUCUCGUUGA